AAGCUUCCAAGUGGUCAACUUGACCGACAGCUUGUCAGUUGAGAAGGGCAGAAAGGCUAGCACUAGUGGGUGGAUGGGAGCAGGGAACUAAGUCCUCAUCUUCCUGGGCGUGAGUGUGGGAGGAGGGUGGGCGUCCAGAGAGGCUAGAAGGACCGGGAAGAAAAAGGAGAGCACUUCUUGAUCAGUUUCCACCUCCUGACUUUCAAACUCUGCGCAUUCCUUGCGGAAAGGACACUGGGUUCAGGGCGCGCCAGCGCGCCUGAGCUGCCCGCGUGUCGCCAGGUGGGUAGCCCCGGCACUGGAGGAAGGGGAAGUUACCUUCCCCUCGGAAGAGGGCGCUGGCUCCCCCAUCCUGCCUUUAUAAUAAGGCCGCGGUAGGAGAGGAAGCACUGCCGUCUGCGCUUUGCAAAGCAUGCAGUUAGGGGAGCAGCUCUUGGUGAGCUCUGUAAACCUGCCCGGCGCGCACUUCUACCCGCUGGAGAGUGCGCGAGGCGGCGGCAGCGGGACCUCCGGCCACCUCCCUAGCGCGACACCCUCGCCUCAGAGGCUGGACUUAGACAAGGCGCCCGAGAAGUUCUCGGGCAGCCUCUCGUGUGAGGCAGGGAGCGGGGAACCCGCAGCCGCCAGCGCGGGGACCCCCGCGGUCAUGCUCAGUGACGCCGACACCGGGGACGCUUUUGCCAGCACAGCGGCAGUGGCCAAGCCAGGGCCCCCGGACGGCCGCAAGGGUUCUCCCUGCGGGGAAGAGGAGCUGCCCUCAGCCGCUACUGCCGCUGCUACGGCCGCGGCCGCCGCCACCGCGCGGUACUCCAUGGACAGCCUGAGCUCCGAGCGCUACUACCUCCAGUCCCCCGGGCCUCAGGGCUCCGAGCUGGCCGCGCCCUGUUCGCUCUUCCCGUACCAGGCAGCAGCCGGGGCGCCCCAUGGAUCUGUGUACCCGGCUCCCAACGGGGCGCGCUACCCCUAUGGCUCCAUGCUGCCCUCCGGCGGCUUCCCCGCGGCUGUGUGCCCACCCGGGAGGGCGCAGUUCGGCCCGGCUACCGGCGCUAGCAGCGGCUCGGGCGCAAGCGGCGGCGGGGCAGUCGGCCCGGGAGCCUAUCAGUACAGCCAAGGGGCUCCGCUCUAUGGGCCCUACCCGGGGGCGGCAGCCGCGGGUUCUUGCGGAGGAUGGGGGAGCUUGGAGGUUUCUGGUUCCAGUUUACGCGCCCAUGUCUACCUGUGCAACCGGCCUCUGUGGCUCAAAUUCCACCGCCACCAAACCGAGAUGAUCAUUACCAAACAGGGCAGACGCAUGUUUCCUUUCUUGAGCUUCAACAUAAACGGACUCAAUCCCACAGCUCACUACAACGUGUUCGUAGAGGUGGUGCUGGCAGACCCGAACCACUGGCGUUUCCAAGGGGGAAAGUGGGUGACCUGCGGCAAAGCCGACAAUAACAUGCAGGGCAACAAAAUGUAUGUCCACCCAGAGUCUCCUAAUAAUGGUUCCCACUGGAUGAGACAGGAGAUUUCCUUCGGGAAAUUAAAACUCACCAAUAACAAAGGCGCAAAUAACAACAACACUCAGAUGAUAGUCCUACAAUCUUUACACAAGUACCAACCACGGCUGCACAUUGUUGAAGUUACAGAGGACGGCGUGGAGGACUUGAACGACCCCUCGAAGACUCAGACCUUCACCUUCUCAGAAACACAGUUCAUAGCCGUCACUGCCUACCAAAACACCGAUAUAACUCAACUAAAGAUUGACCAUAACCCCUUUGCAAAAGGCUUCAGGGAUAACUACGAUUCCAUGUACACCGCUUCAGAAAAUGACAGGUUAACUCCAUCUCCCACGGAUUCUCCUAGAUCCCAUCAGAUUGUUCCUGGAGGUCGGUACGGCGUUCAGUCCUUCUUCCCGGAGCCCUUUGUCAACACUUUACCUCAAGCCCGAUAUUAUAAUGGCGAGAGAACCGUGCCACAGACCAACGGCCUGCUUUCACCCCAACAGAACGAAGAGGUGGCCAACCCUCCCCAGCGGUGGCUUGUCACACCUGUCCAGCAACCUGGGACCAACAAACUAGACAUCAGUUCCUAUGAGUCUGAAUAUACUUCUAGCACCUUGCUCCCAUAUGGUAUUAAAUCCUUGCCCCUCCAGACGUCCCACGCCCUAGGUUAUUACCCUGACCCAGCCUUCCCUGCAAUGGCAGGAUGGGGAAGUCGGGGUGCUUAUCAGAGGAAGAUGGCGGCUGGACUCCCAUGGACCUCCAGAACAAGCCCCCCUGUGUUCUCUGAAGAUCAGCUCUCCAAGGAGAAAGUCAAAGAAGAAAUGAGCUCUUCUUGGAUAGAGACGCCCCCUUCCAUCAAGUCUCUUGAUUCCAACGAUUCUGGGGUAUACACCAGUGCUUGUAAGCGAAGGCGGCUGUCUCCCAGCACCUCUAGUAAUGAAAAUUCUCCCUCCAUAAAGUGUGAGGACAUUAACACUGAAGAGUACAGUAAAGACACCUCAAAAGGAAUGGGGGGAUACUAUGCUUUUUACACAACUCCCUAAAGAGGUAUUUUAACCUCAUAAAAAUGAGCUAACUUUUUGCAGAUGGACUUGGUGUUUUUUUGUUGUCUUCUUUGCCUAGGUUGCCAAAAAGACGUUUGCCUUCCAUCUUGAUGCAUCCUGUUUUGUGCAAUUCUCUGAAAGAAGGUGCCAAAGCUUUUUGAUUGCUGCAGGUAACUGAAACAAGCCUAGUAUUUUAUUUUUUCUUUUCAAAGUAAAGUUAAUGGAGGAACUUGAAAGUGUUUUCAAAUUUGAAGGUUAUUCAAGGUUCUGGAUUUAUUUAUUGGAGACACUAAAAGUUCAGAGAAACGGGCUGUGAAGAUGGAGUGCUGAGCACUGUGAAAUGAGUUGAAAGCUUUGGUUCUUAUUUCUAUUUUUAAAUCUGUAAGCAAAUAGAAGCCCGGUCCGUGGUUCAAGUAUUUUGCUUCUGGAAGAGAAGGGCUGGGCCUUGAGCUUGAACAGUGGACUUUUUUUGCUGUUACGUUCUGCUAGGGACAAAAGAUGUUAGGCCUGGGAGGCAAGAAAAAACUUUUGUGAAGGUGCUGGUUUUACCUGACUUUAAUGUCUCCCAGGCUUUCAAAACAAGCCAUGUUUGCCCUAGUACAGGAUUGCCUCACUUGCUAGGCCUCUGUAUGUCGCCCUGGUGGCUUGUAGGACUCAGGAGAGGGCAAGGGAGGGAGUCAAAAAAGAAGAAAGAAAGAAAGUAAAAGAAAAACUUUAAAGUGUACAGUUGUGUGUGCUUAGAUACACUGUAGAAUAAUGUGGAAUAUAUUGUACAAAUAGUCUACAUAGGUGUCUGAGAUUAUGUAAAAUUGGUGCUUUGGCUUUGUAAAAAAAAAUUGCAAAUCACCUGACAACAGCUGCAGGGGCAGGGGGCUAGUUCUCUCCUCAUCCCCACCAUAUUUUGGACUAUUCUGUUUACUUCUUAGAUAGUUAAGAAUGUAUUCAGCUACUCUGUACUAACUUGAACUGUGUCUAAGGGAAACUCCUAUUUCACCCUCUUCCUUUGCCACCCCACCACCCAACUUGGUAAUGUGAAGAAAACCUGAUGCCACAGCUCCUAGAAGCUUUUUAGAAAUCUUGGAUUUUUAUGUAUAGUAUUAGUCAUUUUUAAUAAAUGUGGCUCAUUAAGGGAAC